AUGGACGAAACCGGAUUUGGAGUUGGAAGUACUCAAAGUACAUGUAUUAUAAUCGAUUCUACUCAGAAAUCGAAUUGGAAAGUUACAGCUGGCAAGCAAGAAUGGAUAACUGCAUUUGAAUAUGUCAAUACAAUUGGAAAGGCUCUAUUACCUAUGAUCAUUUUCAAGGCUCAGAAUACGAAUUCUGCAUGGAUUCCAAAGGACAUGCCUCAAAGCUGGCAGUUUUCUACAAGUACGAAUGGAUGGACCUCAAAUAGUCAUGGAUUAGAAUGGCUAAAAAGGGUUUUCGAACCAGAAUCCAAGAAAGUGUCAGGUGACCGACCUCGACUUUUGAUCAUGGAUGGCCAUUCAAAUCAUAUUACAGGCAGCUUUAUUGCUUUCUGUAUAGAGAAGGAAAUCGAUUUACUUAUAUUACCUCCUCAUUGCUCCCAUUUGCUUCAAUUACUUGAUAUUGCGGUAGGAGCUGGUUUAAUACCUUUUGCCCCACGAAAAGUACUCGAUUCAUUACCAUUUAACUCCUCCCAGCAAUCUUCUACUCCACAAAUGAGAAUGUCCAAUCAAGAUCUAGACUUAUCUAUACUCAGGAGCUCUCCUCCAGAUGGGACAGAGCUAAGGCAAGCAAAUCAAACCUUUAAUAAAGCUCUAGCAGAUAAUGAUUCUCUUACAUCACCAACUCGUCGAUAUGCCAAGAGAAUGACUAGGCUUAUAGAAUCUCAAAAUGCUGAGAUAGCCCUACUUCGGAAACAGCUCGCUGAUGCUCAGGAAGUAAUUGAGACUCGAAAGAAGAGAACUAAAGGCAAAAGAGUCAAAUUACAAGGUCAAUUUGUCUUUAGUAGUGAGGAAGUACUGAAAAUGGUACGUGAGGCGGAGGAAAAACCGAAGGAGAAAAAGCCACGAGGGCGACCACGUAAACGUCCAAUUGAAGAAUUAGAAGAGGAGACUGAAGAAGAAGAGCCAGAGAGUAGUUCAAGUGAUUUAGAGUUGGAAUUGGAUGAAUGUGUAGCUCGUAGAACAAGAUCACAUAGAGAGAAUUGA